UCUGUCUUAUUCCGCUCGCAUCCGCAGGCGAAUUUGGUCGUGUUAUUUCUCGAUCGCUACUUCAAAUGGGUAAAAUUCGUUAUAAGAAGGAAUCGCAUAACACUACAGCGAAAUGGGCGAAUGGAAAAACUCGUCAUUUUAAAGAUAAUUGUUUGUACUCUGCAGUUGGAAGAAAUCCUGCUGAAAUGACUGUUAUCAAUGAUUUACUCGCAGAUGGCUACGACUUAAAAAAAAAAUACAGUUGUGGAAAUAGCAUACUGCACGUCGCAGUUCUCAAGAGACGUCCGGAAGUCGAGGUGAUCAAAUUGUUGUUGAACUAUGGUGCUGAUGUGAAUAUGGUUGAUGACAAAGGAAAUACUCCUCUGCAUUCGGCUGUUAGAUCUUGGUCAGGUAGUCCAUCUUGCCAAUAUGAAGCAGUCAAAGUUCUUCUGGAUGCAGGAGUCGACGUCAACGCCCUCAACAUAACACAACGGACAGCUUUCAGCUUCGCAGUAAAUGCAGCCAAACUUAAUUUCAAUGUGAUACGGGAAUUAUUGAGGAGGGGAGCUGACAUGAAAUUAAAAAUGAGAAGAACUCCUCUCUGCUGUGUUCUAGGCAACAGAAGUGUGAAAAAUGAUACGGUUAAAUUACUGAUGGAGUAUGGAGAACGUCCAGAUAUAGAGUUACUUGAGAUUGCUCUAAAUAAUCCUAAUUGCUCAUGUGAAAUAAUAGAGGAAAUUGUGUCACAAGGUACUAUUGACUUGAAUCAUGGUAACCAAAUUGGUUUUACAUCUUUACAUGCGGCAGUUACAUCAGGGUGUAAAGCCAGUCUAGUGGAGGUUCUUUUGAAGCAUGGUGCCCUGCCGAAUCCUGUACAUAAAGUUUUUUUUGGCUCAUCACCGCUGCAUAUGGCAGUGCAGUACACUAAAUGCCCACCAGAUGUUAUUGGGGUUUUAUUGCGGAAUGGCGCAAAUCCCGCCGCUGUGAACAAAUAUGAAAUGACUCCUCUAAUGUUUGCAGCAUUGCAUCACAGUAACGAGACAUUUGUUGAAGAGUUAUUAAAAUAUGGCGCAAAUCCCAAUCAGAUGAAUGAUUCUCUGUCUGCUAUGCACCUCGCUGCAAUCAACAAACGUGGCAAUGUAGAUAUCAUGAAAGUUCUUAUUAAAUAUGGAGGAAAUGUUAAUCUUGUUGAUCGAUCUGGUUGUAUUACUCCGUUAUUACAUGCUUUGAGUAAAAGAUACAAAAUUGUUCUGAUAAAAGAAUUGAUCAAAAAUGGGGCAUCUCUUUCAGCUCCAAGUAAAUUUCUUUCACCUUUAUCAAUCCUUAUAGAAAAUAGAUGUUAUAGUAUCCAUACUGUUCCUGUAAUUCAAGAACUCUUAAAAUACAAUCCUGGACUGUUAUAUAGAGAUGUUCUUUUCGAUGCCCUUAAAAAUAGAUGUCCUUUGUUUGUAUUUGAUGAACUAUUAAAACAAGGUGCAGAUGUUUAUCACACGAAUUUGUUUGACCACUCUCCACUAUACGUUGCGAUGGAAUAUCCAACAGAUAAUAUGCAUGUUAUCGAACUUCUUCUUCAGUAUGAUGCAUGGUGCACAAGUGAACAAUUACUGUGGAUAAGAGCUUUGCAUGAAGUUUUCACGACUUCUGAAAAUAAAGCAUUUCUGAAAGUAUUAAUAAAGUAUGCCACUCUUCACAAAUAUGUUUUUGAAAAUAAACAGGCUGAUGAAUUUACUUUUUCAAAUCCAAGAUGCCUUGAUUUGCUAAAUUACCAAACGGAGUGCGAAAAUGAAUCUUCUACAAUGCUUAAACUAACCAUCCUGGAAAAACCCAACGGCAAAGAAAUGACUUUAUGUGAAAUCCUUGCAGAAAAGAAAGAGAGUCUAGUUUUCGAAAUUUACGAAGCCUCUAUAUUGAAAAUACUUACUGAUAACAUGUUUCCUAUAUAUUCUGACGUCAUAGCAAGCAAGUUAAAAAGGUCAGUUUUGAUAGAACAUUUAUUGACUAGAAGGAUAUAUACAAGAAUCGAUAUGCCCUAUCCCCAUGAUAUAUUUCUUCCAGCAGACACCAUUCCACAUAUUGUUGGACACUUAUCGAAAGACUGCAUUGUCAAUUUACUUGCAGUUUUUAAACCGUAGUAUUAAAAAUGGACUUAAUGUAAAAAAAGAUUUAAUGUAACAGGCAUCCUCCAAGGGGAUAAAAAUGGUGUCUUCAUAUCCAUGUAUAAACAUAUAUUAAAACAAUGAUUGAAAGAUUUGCUACGAUCAGUAAUGUUUUAGGAUAUGACUGGUUCCAUCUUACUAAUAUUGAUUACAACAAUAAUUUUAAUUUAGUCUAGCCUUUUUUCAGGAAACAUUUAUAACUUUUAAUGAUGUUUUAUUGACCAGAUUUUAUCAAGUAAUUGUACGAAAAUUUAUUACUUUAUUUCGGAAAGUUAAGGAACUUUACUCGAUGUUUUCUUUGCUUUUGAUCCUCUCUUAAUUUUUGAAUCUAAAAUUUAUUCUAUAGUAGAAUUAUCUCAUGCAUAAGAAUUAUUUCUGAAAAAUAAAUCACUUUCAUAUUGAAAAUUUUCAUAAGUGAUUCAAAUUGUUUAACAACAAAUUUUUAAAAAUAUAUUUUGUAUAUAAAUAUGAUGUACAUUGUAAUCUCUCUUGCAAAUAUUUUCUGAAACAUUUGUAAAAAUACCAUAGAAGUAUAUAUGAAAGCUCAUAAUGUAUUCAAUUCAAAAUAAUAUUUUAUUUUGGUAAAAGUGGUCAGAAUGAUAUCCUGUGUAAAAAUUUAAUAUCUUAGUAAUGCGACAGUCAAGUCCAUUUCAUUUUCUAUAGUCUGUUCUUUUAACUACUUUUUCUUUUAGUUUUAAUAUUAUGUCAAUAUUUCUAUUUAUUUUUAAUUCUAAAAUAAAUAGAAAUAUUGACAUAAAUAUUGCUUAUCUUAACGAUCUAAGUAAAAAUCUCA